AUGGACUACAUUAAAAUCAUGCCUGGGACCCCGAAGCACCAAUUGCAGGAGAAGAAGGACCUGGCCCUGGAGGAAGCUGUUUUCAGAACCAUCCAGGUGUAUGUCCAGGUUGAAGAAAAGGGGCUGACUGAGGAGCUGUCCCUGGACCAGAGCCCAGCUCCACCCUCUGCACAUCCCUGGGUGCCAUGUGCAGUCUCAGUUACCCCAUUAUCAGAGAUGCUCAGCUGUGACCACACUCAGGAAGUCCGGGUGCACUAUAUCCUGAAGCCAGAGGCCGUGGGGGAGCAGAAGGAAAUCGUUUUUUACUAUUUGGUAAUGGCCAAAGGAGGCAUUGUGCGAGCAGGGACCCAGGCUCUGGCUGUGGAGCAUGGUGAUGUUAAUGGGACCUUCUCACUGAUGCUCCCCGUGGAGUCUGAUAUUGCUCCCCUGGCACAGAUGCUCAUAUACACCAUUUCACCCAAUCAGGAGCCUAUUGCUGAUUCAGUCAAAUUCCAGGUCGAAAAUUGCUUUGCCAAUAAGGUUGACUUGCAUUUCUCACCGGCCGAGGGCCUCCCCGCCUCCGACACUCGCCUCCGGGUCGGGGCCUCCCCAGGCUCCCUGUGCGCCGUCUGUGCUGUGGACAAGAGCGUCCUCCUCAUGAAGCCUGAAGCCGAGCUCUCUCCCAGCUCUGUGUAUAACCUGCUAUCAGUGAAGGAACUUCAGGGGUAUCAUCAUGGCGCAGACAUGCUGCCGAUGGAUCCCCAGGAGGAGUGCAUUGCCGCAGAGAAGAUAAUUGUGAAUGGAGUCACCUAUGCUUCAGUGUCGGAGCCAGAUGAAGAGGACACUUAUAGCAUCUUAAAGGAAAUGGGUUUAAAGGUCUUCACAAACUCCAAGGUGAGAAAGCCACAUUAUUGCCUCCAGUUCCCUCAAGUUGCUUGGGGUUACAGAAGUUCUGAAGGAUUUCACAGUGAAGCCGAGGUAUCAGCACAAGCACUCAGGAGAACUGGACAUGCAAGGGUACUGGACUCAGGUUACCCUGUCAUGGCUGAGACCCUUCCAGCAGCGGUGGAGACAGUUCGAAAGUAUUUCCCAGAGACAUGGAUUUGGGAUUUAGUGCCUUUGACCUCCAAUGGAAGUGCUGAAUUGCCCUUGACAAUCCCUGAUACCAUCACAGAAUGGAAAGCUAAUGCGUUCUGCACCUCAAGUGACACUGGCUUUGGCCUGUCCCCAACCGUGUCCCUCAGAGCCCUCCAACCCUUCUUCGUGGAGCUCACCCUGCCCUACUCCGUGGUGCAUGGCGAGGCCUUCACGCUAAAGGCCACUGUCUUCAAUUACCUGACCCGCUGCAUCAGGGUCAGCAUCUCACUGGCUUCAUCUGCUGACUUCCGAGCUACCCCUGUGGAGAAGGAAGAGGACUCUUAUUGUCUCUGUGUGAAUGGAAGAAAAACGGUGUCCUGGGCUGUGACCCCAAUAUCUCUGGGUAAUGUGAAUUUCUCUGUGAGUGCAGAGGCCCUGAAGACGGAGCUGCCCUGCGAGAACGAGGUAGCAGUGCUCCCUGAGACAGGGCAGAAGGAUACAGUGAUCAAACAGCUGUUAGUGGAGCCCGAGGGGAUUGAGACGGAAGCAACCUUCAACUCUCUGCUCUGUGCAAAUGGAAAUUCAGAAGCAGGGAAGAUUUCCCUGAAGCUCCCACUGAACGUGGUGCAGGGCUCAGCCAGAGCCUAUGUGACGGUGUUGGGCGAUAUCCUGGGCACAGCCAUGCAGAACCUGCAGCAGCUCCUCCAGAUGCCCUUCGGCUGUGGGGAGCAGAACAUGGUCCUGUUUGCCCCCAACAUCUACGUCCUGGACUAUCUGAAUAAAACGGGGCAGCUGAGCGAGGAGACCAAAUCCAAGGCCAUCGGAUACUUAGUCAGUGGUUAUCAGAGGCAGCUGAAUUACAAGCACCUGGAUGGCUCUUACAGCACAUUUGGGGAGCAUUACAGGCAGCUGGGGAAUACUUGGCUGACAGCCUUCGUCCUCAAGUCCUUCGCGCAGGCCCGCUCUCACAUCUUCAUCGAGGAGAAGCACAUCCAGGAUGCCCUGGCCUGGCUAGCUGGCAAGCAGAAGGAAAAUGGCUGCUUCCGCAGCUCCGGGACGCUCCUGAACAAUGCCAUAAAGGGCGGGGUGGACGAUGAGGUCACGCUCUCUGCCUACAUCACCAUCGCGCUGCUAGAGAUUCCCCUGCCCAUCACUAAAUGGCUCAUUCAUUCCCUUGGGCACCUGGGCCCAUCUCUUGUCUGGCAGGACACAGUGGUGGCGCUCCAGGCCCUGUCCCGAUAUGGAGCCUCUACUUACACCAAGAGCGGAGGAGCAUCCACAGUGACCCUGCAAUCCACAGGGAACUUUCAGUCCCAGUUCCAGGUGGAUCACACGAUCCGUCUGCUGCUCCAGCGUAUGGCACUGCCAGAGGUGCCAGGAGACUACCGCACGGGGGUGACAGGAGAAGGAUGUGUCUAUGUGCAGACCAGCCUGAGGUACAACAUGCUCCCCAAGCCGGAAGAGGCACCAUUCGCGCUGGAGGUGCACACGGUCCCCGAGACAUGUGACAGCCCCCAGGUCCACAGGACUUUUAGCAUUGCCAUAAACAUCAGUUACACAGGGAAACGCCCCGUCUCCAACAUGGUCAUCGUUGAUGUUAAGAUGCUGUCAGGAUUCAUCCCUGUGAAGUCAUCAGUGAGGAAGCUGGAAGGACAUCACCACAUCCACCGCACAGAACUGAGCACCAACCACGUGCUGCUCUACAUGGAGCAGGUGAGCAAUGUGACUCAGAGCUUCUCCUUCGUGGUGGAACAGGACUUCCCCGUGCAGAGCCUGAAGCCGGCGGUGGUGAAAGUCUAUGAUUACUAUGAGACAGAUGAAUUUGCCAUUGCUGAGUACAGCGCCCCCUGCAGCAAAGCCAAUGUUGAGCAGGAAAAUGCGUGAGUGAUGGAGCUGUAUUCUGGGCCCUGCUGAAUCCUCUCUGCUCAUCUCUGCAUGCAGCAAUUCCCCCAGGCGAAGUGGUUUGAUAUAGUGGUGAGGAAAACCCCUCAGCAC